AUCGUGAAAUAAGCAAACAUGUCGGCGAUGUCGCAGUAUUACCGUUUUACGCGGACCUACAUAGGACCGCUGAAGGCCUGCCUGCUGGACUGGAGCGGCACUACCGCCGACAAGUAUGUCAUCGCACCUGCAGUCGUCUUCCAAGACGUCUUCAAGAAGCACAAGGUGCCGAUCUCAAUGUUGGAGGCACGUGAGCCCAUGGGACUCCGCAAGGAUCUGCAUAUCCUGGAGAUCACACGCACCAACGAGGUGCGUGAGCGCUGGUUCAGCGUACAUGCCAAGUAUCCUGAGCAGGCGGAGGUCGACGCCAUGUUUGCCGACUUCGUCCCGAUGCAGCUUGAGUGCCUCAGCAAGUACACAAAGCUGAUACCCGGUGCUGCAGAGGCAGUGAAGACGCUGCGCAACCAGUAUGGCCUCAAGAUCGGCUCUACGACAGGCUUUACGCGGCCGAUGGUAGACAUUCUUGAGCGCGACGCGAAGAAGCAGGGCCUGACGUUCGACUGCACCGUCGCGGGUGACGAGGUCACGAACGGCUCGAGGCCGAAGCCACACAUGGUGUUCCGCAACAUGGACCUGCUGGACGUGCACCCGGUGCAGGCUGUGCUGAAGGUGGAUGACACGGUGUCAGGUAUUGGAGAAGCACUAGCAGCAGGUUGCUGGGGUGUUGGUGUGGCACGCUAUAGUAACUACAUGCACAUCAACAGCCUAGGGGAAGAAAAACAUGUGCCAGAGACCGAAAUCAGGAGACGCCUAGAACACUCUCGUGAUCUACUUCGGAAGGCUGGCUCACACUAUGUAGUUGACAGCAUUGCAGAUCUACCAGAGGUUGUUGAGAAGAUUAAUGCUAGGUUGGCUAAUGGAGAAAAGCCAUAGCGACAUGUAUAGCUUUUUGGUGACAACUAAGAAAAUAACCAAAAUAUUCUAUAAGGGGCUAACGUUUCAAACUACCGGUGCUGUUUUUACAUCAUUGAUGUUAUACAUAUUAUUGAUGUUAUAUCAUUGAUGUUAUGUUAUCAUGUAUCAUCAACCCUUAUUUCGUUAUUAAACAGUGAUAAAUUUCUUGUUAUUUCUUCAAUCAACACUGAUCAGACUAUGAUAUAAGUCAUUGUACGUAUAUUGUCACCGUUAUAUACCAUGCAGAUUGUAAGAAGUAUGAAUGUCAUUGCAUGCAUGCAAUGAAUUGUGUGCUAUGCAUGUGUGAGAUAAUUUUAUCACAUGGAAUGAUUACAGAAAAUUCAUAGUGUCUGUAUACACAUAAUAGAUUGAGGUGUUGUGACAAAAAUAUUUUAAAGAUAAAUUGAGUGUAAAACAAUAAUAUCAGGAGUGAAUAAAAAUAAAUGUGUUUUAUUCACUCAUUAUGUGUAGAUGAUGUGUGGUCCUAUAGAAAAUAUAAAUGAUAUUUACUUAUCCAGAUCAGAGAGCAUAAAAUAUAGAUGUUGCCCUAGGAAAAUUACUGUUUGAAAACUUGUUUAAAAUAGAUACAGCAAUAGGAACAAUGUAGAUAGUAAAUAAUAUAAUAUAGUAUAUACUAUGAUGAUCUACCUAUGUAAUAUAUAUGUAGGGUAAAUGUCUUUAAAUUUUGCAUUUGGUUGUAAUUAAGCUAGUUUCAGUAAUAAGUUGACCUCACUGUUAGGUUCAAGGUCAUGUUUCCAACACCCUUCAAAAACAGAAUAUAUUCAUUACAAAUAUCUUGUAUUUUAAAAUUCAAAACAAGUGCUUAGUUACAACGUAUGAACUACUUGUACCAGUUUUUUUUUUUAGCGAGGAUGAUGUAGAGCAUUCAGUGAAAGUGAUACACUGACAUCACACUGAAAGUCUUAUGUAACGUUGCAUUACAUGCUUUAUGGACGUAUAUUACAGACAUAUGUAGUUAAAACUUCUUACCAUUACAAUAAAUAAUACGGUAUUUUUUAAUAACACAUGCUAUUACAAUAACAGUGGACUGGUUAUGUUUUUACAUACAAUCAUGCAUUAUGAUAUCCUUGGUUCCUUCCAUUUGUUGAACAUUUCUCACAGCACCAAAUGGAUAUUUUUGCAUGCUUCCACGUGAGCCUUCCCUUCACAAAUUUCCUGUAAAUAAGAAAUAUGGAUAUUACAACAUGUAAAGAAUGUUCCAUAUUUGCAUCAGGUUCUGAUUAUAAUAUUACAUACAGGUAACAGACAAGGCUGAACUGAAGGUAAUGAAUGUUUCUGUGCGUAAUGGAAAUCAUUCAGAUUAUAAAUCAUCCAUCCAAGCCACCAGUAACUUCAUAAUGCACAAGACAUAUUUAUUUUAAAAAGAAAAUGUCUGGUGCAUUAUAAAGUUGAUAUUGUUGUAUUAUCAUAAUUAUCUGUUCUUGUGUCAACAAGUUAUCAGCACUGGCAUGUGCUGCCACCUAUGGAGGUUGGGAGGAACUAAAUAAACAUGGCUGGUUUCUGUUAA